CGUUAAACUAUCGUGCAUUUAUUGAUGGUAUACUAUCAUAUUGCUACGAAGAGUUGAACAGUGUACGUUGGUAUUCUAUUGACGGCGGGUUUAUAUUCAUAAUUGGGUGCUUGGAGUGGUCACUGCCCAGUGGUGUGGUAAUAUACCAAGGAAAUCCGUCAGGCGAUUAAGAAAAUGCUCCCCACUCCGUGCACAUCCCACGUCUCCUUCGACACCAUCUACGAACCCUCCGAGGAUUCCUACCUCUUCCUCGACACCCUUGCCUCGCCGUCCGAAUCAGCAUGGCUCACGCAGCGCUUCAACACGACCCCCUCGUCCCCAGACCAAUCCACCGCCUCGCCCCUCGUCGUUGAGCUUGGAACCGGCUCGGGCGUCGUGCUAGGCUUCGUAGCAGCCAAUUCGCAAGUGAUCUUCGGACGGCGCGAUAUCCUCCCUCUAGGGAUAGACGUGAAUCGGAAUGCCUGCAUCGCGACCCGUGAAACAGCCAAUAAAGCAAUCAAAGAACGACAGACCGAUAAUGAAUCGGAAGAGCCCAACGGUCAGAAGACGGUAUAUCUGUCCUCGGUCAUGGCCGAUCUAGGGAGCGCCCUUCGCCCAGGUAGUGUGGAUGUACUUCUAUUCAAUCCGCCGUAUGUGCCCAGUGAGGAGCUGCCCCGGUUACCCGCCGUCACGGAACAGGAUGUCGACGAGGCGGGGAUGUCGCGGUCUGCGAAGUUUGAGCGCGACUCGUACUUCUUGUCGCUGACGUAUGCUGGGGGAAGAGAUGGGAUGGAGACGACGGAUCGGUUGUUGGAGGAGAUUCCGGGGCUGUUGACUCCUGGCCGUGGGGUGGCAUAUGUGCUGUUCUGUGCGCAGAAUCGGCCGCAGGAGGUCAAAGAGAGGAUCAGGGCUUGGGGGGAUGGAUGGCAGGCAGAGACAGUUGGGAACAGUGGUCAGCAGGCUGGGUGGGAGAAGUUGGUUAUUGUUCGGAUAUGGAAGGAAACGUCGUGAUCUGAUGAUGAUAGAGUACGGAUAUAUAGACAUCAAAAAUAGAGCAAUAGACUAAUGACCGAGAUGACUGAUUGAGUGAUGUUUUACAGGCCGAUGGACGUUGUUAUCCAUCACGUAUUCUUUUCCCAAGGUUUAUCAAAUUUCUGCGAGAUAUCGUUUUCAAGUGUCCUAUGGCAGGCCAUGCCACCGACUUCUUAAGAUGUUGAUCCAUGGAUCCUCCCAGCAACGCAUAUCAGCUCGCAAUGUCCGAUGAUCUCGCUUCCUCGUUCAUGCGUGAUAAAACCCACUCUCCCCGCGACAAGAGCCUAUCAUGCCUUGAGCUUGCACGAGACCCGAGGUAUGGCCGUCCGUCAACCGUGCCAAAAACAACCGCAUAUAACGUUCGAUAGUCUCGCUGAGUUCAAG